AUGAGCAUUGAAGAUGUGGCCUGGGGUUAUCUUAGUGAACUUGUCAAUAGAAGCUUAAUUCAAGUGACUAGUGUGUUUUAUGAAGCAUCACCUUACACUUGUCGAAUCCAUGACCUUUUGAGAGAAGUUAUUGUUCUCAAGUCAAGGGAACAAAACAUUUACUACUGGACAACCAAUGAUGUGGUCGGACCGUCCGACAAGGUACGCCGUCUAGUAGUCCACAGUAGUAGCAGUAACAACACCCAGCACCACCAACAAAGACCAAAUUAUUGCGUUGACCACCUUCGGUCGUUCGUUACUGUUGGAUCCACGAACCCGCUACUAUACAAAAUGUUGUUAUCGGAAGUUUUAGGGAGCAGUAAGCUGUUAAAGGUUUUGGAUUUGGGUGGUCAAGAGACACAGGAGGAAAUACCAAAUGAGAUUUUCAAGAUGUUUCAUCUCAAGCAUCUGGACCUAUAUCGUACGAGAGUGGAGAGAGUCCCAAAAGCCAUUGGGAAGCUUCAACAUUUGGAGUAUUUGAAUUUGGGAAACACUGGAGUUAGGGAAUUACCCAUGGAAAUCCUAAAGCUGCAAAAACUUCGGUAUCUCAGAGUAUAUCAACAAGUUGAUUCUUCAGAUGAUGAUUAUGGAUCUCACGGAUUUAAAGCUCCAUUGAAUAUGGGAGGGCUUCUUGCCCUAGAAGUAUUAGACUGCAUAGAUGCAAGUAGUGGAUCCACAAUGGUUAAGGAGAUAGGAAAGCUGACCCAAUUAAGAGAGCUAUAUAUUACAAAGUUAAGAAGCGAAGAUGGAAAAGAGCUCUGCUCCUCCCUUGCCAACCUCACCAGUCUUCGGGAAUUAAGUGUUGAUUCAAUUGGAAAAGGUGAUGAUCAUGAGAUAAUCGAUCUAAAUCAUCACCAUCCUUCUCUUUCUUCUUCUUCGUUUCUUCAAUCUCUUCGUAUGCUGAUUUUGUGUGGCCGCUUAGAAAAGAAGCCACAAUGGGUAGCUGGUCUUCACGGCUUGGUAAGAAUAGAUUUGGACUGGAGCAGGUUAAGGAGUGAGGAGGAUCCGCUUGAAUCCCUCCAGUAUUUGCCCAAUUUGGGUGAAAUCAAUUUCUGUGGAUCUUACCAGGGAGAAGGGUUGUGUUUCAAGGCUGGAGGGUUCCUAAAGCUGAAGCGGUUGGAAUUAAAGAGACUGGAAGGGUUGAGAUGGAUGGGAGUGGAGGAGGGUGCACUGCCUCGUCUUCAAAAACUAUCCCUGCGACAACUUCCACUACUGGAGGAGUUACCCAUGGGUAUUCAGCACUUGAGCCAACUUCAAGAGCUGACUUUGUAUGAGAUGAGUUCUGAAAUGAUAGAAAAGGAAGAAAGUGAAGAUUACACAAGAAUCGCACACAUUCCUGAAAUUCGCAUUGGUUACUAUACAGAUGAUGGGGAAUGGAGAGAGCGCCAGCUAUGGGAGGAGUAG